AUGGAGCCUGCAACCUUUGAUGUCGGAAGUGGUAUCAACACUGAGAGCGACACGUCCAAAAAGCGUAAACGUGCCUGGCAAGCGUGUGACCACUGCCGAGCCAGAAAGAUUCGCUGUAAUGGAGAGACUGCGGACACGCCUUGUCCCAACUGCAUCGAUCGCGGCGUUGAUUGCGUGACCACGAUCAGUCAGCGCCGGCGACGGCGACCCAUCGGCACCACCGCCAAUAUAUUCAAUCAUGCACAGCCUGUCCCGAGUCUCACAGACUCUAUGGCGAUGGGUCACUCGCCGCUGUGCCCUUAUUCAACACUGGGGCAAAGCGAAGAAACCACGGCUUCUAUUCAGGUCGACGACGACGGUGGCGAAACGCCAGACGACUUACGAGAACGCAGCAGUGUCUUGCCCAGUGAUAUGACCAAUUGGGAAUAUCAUGGUCCACGGUCGUUUCUAUCCGUUUGUUCUAAGCCUGCGGUGAAGUGGGUCAGCGAACAGACCGGUCGAGCAGACUUUGCAGAUAUCGCCAGUCACUUCGCCUCAGACAUCACUCGGCGCCUGAAAAUGGAUGCUGACAUCUCUCCUACGAGAGCACCCGAGCCAGACGCAGAAACUGCCUGGCACUACACAGAGGCAUAUUUCACAUUAGCUCUGGAUGCCUCACUUGCCGCUUUGCAUCGGCCGUGCUUUGAGCGCCAGCUUGCGGCUCAUCUCGCUGGCAACGCCGUCGACAACAGUCCAACAUGGCAUGCUUUGAGAAAUGUUGUGUACGCAUUCGGUUGUCGCAUCGAAUUGUCCAAGAAUUGUUCGUUCAAGGACGCUAGCCAACAGGCUUGGUUAUAUUUCGAGAACGCACUAGCCGUGUAUGCACGGCUUUUGUUUUACAAGACCUCAAUCAUGGGAGUUCAGGUUUUGACGCUGAUGGCAUACUACACACAGAAUAUCGGCACACCGUGUCUGGAGUACAUGCUUUCGUCGGAUGCAGUUCGACUCGCGUUGGCCAAAGGGCUCCAUCGAGCGGCCCCACUCUCGCAAGGCCUUACCGAGCAAGACGUCGAGCAACGCAAUCGUAUAUUCUGGGCAAUAUACUGCCUGGAGAAGCAGAUUGCAUGUCAAGCUAGUCGGCCAUCGAUCAUUGACGAUGAAGAAGUGACCUGCUCACUACCUCGGAUCACUUCACCCUCCGAUGAUGCCUUUAGCAUUGCAUAUUGCCACAGUCUGAUCAGGAUCUCACGGGCACUGUCGACGAUUGAGAAACGACUGUCGGCUGUACGAUGUUCCAGGAUGGAUGUCACCGCGACUGUACAAACAGUCGAUGAAUUGCACUCAGAACUUGAGACUGUCAAGAACGCACCUCAAAAUCAGUUCGGUCUUGCUCUGGGGACAAAAAUUGAUGUCACAAAUUCACCCGAGGACUUCAAGCUUGAUCAGCUCGUGCACUUACAUUACGCUUACCACACAGCUAUGCUCAAUGUGCAUACUAUAUGGUCGUAUCCAUGGAUUCGUGCUCUGGUCGGCCUGUCUGCAAUAGACAAACUUCGGGACUAUGUGUUGCGCUCGAGCGACGUCGUGGCACGGGUCUCGCGCGAUAUGAUCGCGAUAACCGAGCAUAUACAUUUCAAAGCGCAUGCUACCGUCCCGGUAGCUUUUUUUGCACCAAUUUAUGCAAUGAUUAGCCUCUUUGUGUAUUGCCUCGAUCGUCAGAAGAGUCUAGCAGACCUCGCUGUUAUGGACAUUGGCACGGGUUACUUUUCCAAGCUUGGUCUGGAGACCGACUUUCUGAUAUCGGUCCCCUUCGUGCGAGCGAUCACUUCAUUGGCGUACGGCUUUGAAGAGUCAACGCUUGCGACGAAUCUGCAUAAUCACCAACAUCUCGCUCAGGGUGGCAUGAACGCAAGCCAAAGUCUUGGUGCAGACUUCUGGAACGUUGGCAUUCUCGAUGCUGAGACGAUGGUUCACCUGGAGGACUGGAGCACCUUUCCCAGGAUACUGUAG